UUAAGAUAGAGCUGUUGCUUCUACCCUUUGAUGACCACAUUUCCCGUCGCGUAAUCCGUAAUUCUCGGUCCACUCGUUUCUCCCUCGAUGUCUCUUCAUCGUCUUGUAUUUUCAUGCCGUCCACCCGCCGAUCGGCUUGUCUUCCGUACAAGCAUCAGAAUGGCAUCCACCAUAGCAGGCGCGUCCGGGCGCGUGUACGUCCAAGGCGAGUCGCUUCGUCGCCACUGCGAGGACCCCAAGUUCAGCAUCUUCAAAGCCGAAUCCGGAAAUGAGUCUUUUGUUCUUAAGCGCGUAUCUCGGCCAUUCUACGAUCUAUCGCAACGCUUGGCAGCCGAAUUUGCUGGCUCUCGUCGGCUUCGAAUACAUGUCGAUUCCAACCAGGAAGAAGGCAUUCUCUUCUAUCCCUACUUCAGAGACACCCUACUCUCGUUGAUCCAGAGAGAUCCGGAUUUUCCCGUAAUAGAACGAAAGAAAAUCCUCCGACGCGUAGGAGAGGCAUUACAAGAACUUCAUAACAAAAACUGGAUCCAUAUCGACGUGAAACCCGAUAAUGUUUUGGUCAACUGGGCUUGCGACCACAAUGGGAACAAAACAGUUUCUGAAGUGGUCCUAGGUGACUUUGAUAUCGCUUUCAAAUCAGAAGAUGGACGGCCACGUCAAACCCCUUAUGCAAUAGGGAAUGUCACGUGGCGGAGCCCAGAGGGCCAGACAGGAAGGGGUGUGACGAAGGCAUCCGACAUAUUCUCAUUUGGCCUAGUGUGCAUAUAUGUCCUUGGGGGUGCGGACUUGCUGCUCUUAGACGAUUACCAGGAGCUGGCGAAGCAUGGUAUAAGCCCAGAACAAGAGAUCUUGGUUCGACACUUUUCUUAUUUCGGACCUGUGACCGAAGGGCUCCUCAGGCAAGUUGAUAGUGAGGAUUGGUGUAACGCUUUAAAGGGAGCGUCAGAAAUGGCCGAGGUGGCAGUGAAGGAACAGCCGGAACUUAGAUUCGAGUGGUGGGGGAAGGAGCUUGGUCCCGAGGCACAAAACAUGAUAUCUGGAAUGACAAAAAUGGAUCCGAUGGCUAGAAUGACGAUAGAUGAAGUCUUGGCGCAUCCAUGGUGGGAGGAAGUAGACUGAUUAGUCCGCAGUUGUUGGAAGCGCAGCAUUCUUCGGGUAUACUGCAAAUGGGAUGCGCGAGACGAUCGCACGUUGGCAAUUCAAGGACCCGCGAUGUCGGUGCAUCGCAAUGGCUGAGGGGUAUCCCACCUUACGCAGGGCAGGAUGGUGUGGUUUGUUUGCCUGGGAACGAGCACCCCUAGGGUGCAACUGGGUAUAAAAUUGGCGCCUGAGUGGCCGAGAACAUGUAUGUAAUUAUCUCUUUUCUUCCUCAGGCAUUGGGCACCGUUUCUUUCCAAACAUAUAGGUAUAUACCUUAGCCAUCUGAGCCUGCCAUGCCCACAACCAAUCAAGUCAUUCUCUUCUCGCCGCGAGUUUCCCUGCCAUUUCCUGGUGCUCG